CAAGACUUCUUCCGGAGUGGUUGUCGAAGUGAAGCGGAAGUGUCCCAGCUGGAGGAACCUGGGUUUAGAAAGAGGAGGUAGAGGAGAGAAGAGUUCGGGUCUCCCUACAAAUCUCGGGCUUCCCUGAGGACGCUGGGGGAUCGGGGGCUCUGGCCCUCCCCCGCUCCGGAGGCCCGGGGAUGGCGACGGCAGGGGCGACUCAGGAGAAACAGUUCCCCCCAGCGCUGCUGAGUUUCUUCAUUUACAAUCCCCGCUUCGGCCCCCGGGAAGGAGAGGAAGAAAAGAAGAUUCUGUUUUAUCACCCAAAUGAAGUGGAAAAGAAUGAAAAAAUUAGAAAUGUUGGAUUAUGUGAGGCUAUUGUACAGUUUACAAGGACCUUUAGUCCAUCAAAACCUGCAAAAUCCUUACACACACAGAAGAAUAGGCAGUUCUUCAAUGAACCAGAAGAAAAUUUCUGGAUGGUCAUGGUUGUUCGGAAUCCUAUGAUUGAGAAACACAGUAAAGAUGGAAAACCAAUUGUUGAAUACCAAGAGGAAGAGUUAUUGGACAAAGUGUACAGCUCUGUACUACAACAAUGUUAUAGCAUGUACAAGCUUUUUAAUGGUACAUUUCUGAAAGCCAUGGAAGAUGGAGGUGUCAAAGUUUUAAAAGAAAGAUUAGAAAAAUUUUUUCAUCGGUAUUUGCAAACCCUGCAUCUACAAUCAUGUGACCUACUUGACAUUUUUGGUGGAAUCAGCUUUUUCCCUUUGGAUAAAAUGACUUACUUGAAAAUCCAGUCCUUUAUUAAUAAGAUGGAAGAAAGCUUGAAUAUAGUUAAAUACACUGCCUUUCUCUAUAAUGAUCAACUCAUCUGGAGUGGAUUAGAACAAGAUGACAUGAGAAUUUUAUAUAAAUACCUCACUACUUCUCUAUUUCCAAGACACAUCGAGCCUGAGUUGGCAGGAAGGGAUUCACCAAUCCGAGCAGAAAUGCCAGGAAAUCUUCAACAUUAUGGAAGAUUUCUUACUGGGCCCUUGAACCUUAAUGAUCCCGAAGCAAAAUGCAGAUUUCCCAAGAUUUUUGUAAAUACAGAUGACACUUAUGAAGAGCUUCAUUUAAUUGUUUAUAAGGCCAUGAGUGCAGCAGUUUGUUUCAUGAUUGAUGCCUCUAUGCAGCCUUCUUUGGACUUUUGCCGAAGACUAGACAGCAUUGUUGGACCUCAGCUCACAGUUUUAGCAUCUGACAUUUGUGAACAGUACAACAUCAACAAAAGAAUAUCAGGAUCUGAAAAGGAACCCCAGUUUAAGUUUAUCUACUUCAAUCAUAUGAAUUUAGCAGAGAAAAGUACAAUUCACAUGAGGAAAACACCUAGCAUAUCACUUACAUCUGUUCAUCCUGACCUUAUGAAGAUUCUAGGUGAUAUCAACAGUGAUUUUACAAGAAUGGAUGAAGAUGAGGAAAUCAUUGUAAAGGCAAUGAGUGACUAUUGGGUUGUUGGGAAAAAAUCUGAUCAGCGAGAACUAUAUGUUAUUUUGAAUCAAAAAAAUGCAAACCUGAUUGAGGUCAAUGAAGAAGUAAAGAAACUUUGUGCAACACAAUUCAACAACAUAUUCUUCUUGGAUUGACCAACAAAACAGCUUAUUUAAAAUUUUAAAAACUCAUUAAAAUUUUGUUUAACAUUACUGAUUAUUAGUCAUAUUAUUGACUGGAUUAAUGACAAUAGUAAAGCAAUACUUGCUUCGUAAGAAUCAAAUUUCUAUCAAAUCUGUAAACUCUGAUUGUAAAAUUUUUAGAUUUUAAAUAUUUAAGUGGAAUUUAAGCAAGUCUGCUACAUCUAUGCCAUUCCAUUUCUCUGAUAUUAUGUGACUAUUUUACUGGAAAAUAAAAUGAAUAAAUUGCUACAAUU